AGAGUUAUUGUAUAUGACGCACCUUUGUAAACUUCAGCAAAAGAAAAGGGAAAAAAAAAAAAAAAAGAAAACAAAAAUGGACCAAAAAUAUUAUAAUAUAAAUAAUAUCUAGAUUCUAGAUCUACUACAGUCUAGAUCUAAUCAAAAUUUAGACUGAUGCAGAUCUAGACAGUAACAAGUACCUCAACUUCUAGAUCUAGUAUCAUCUAGAUAUAGAAUCUAGAAUUCAUACACGUUACACGCUAAGCUGCAUCUAGUACAGGUCAUUGUUUUAGUACUUAUACGAAGAGAAUUAUAAUAGAACUUGCAAGAACAUUUAAAAACAUGUUGGAGUUUGAGAAUCAAAUAUUUCUGGAUACUUUCCAAGAAGAUGGUUUGCUGAUAAUGUCAAGAGGUCUUGGUAUCAAUCGCAUAUUUGCAGAAUUUUUGAAAGUGUACUGUGACCCUGCCAGUUUAGUCCUAGUUUUAAAUACAACACCUGCAGAUGAGUCAUAUUUCACAGAGCUUCUUGAAAAGCAAGGAAUCUCAAAUCCUCCUAAAAUAAUCACCAAUGAAAUCAGUGCUUCAGAAAGGCAGUUAACAUAUGCCCAAGGUGGUGUUUUGUUUAUAACAUCCAGAAUUUUGGUAGUUGACCUUUUGACUGACCGAGUUCCGGUCGAACAUGUCACUGGCAUCAUGGCCUAUAAAGCUCACAAAAUUAUUGAGUCCUGUCAGGAGGCAUUCAUUUUACGGCUGUAUAGGCAGAAAAACAAGACUGGUUUCAUCAAAGCCUUUACAGAUAACCCUGAGGCUUUCACUAGUGGGUUUUGUCAUGUAGAAAGAAUGAUGAAAAACCUGCAUGUCAAAAAACUGUUCCUUUGGCCAAGGUUCCAUGCAAGUGUUGUGUCUUCGUUAAAGAAACACAAGAUAGAUGUUGUGGAGGUCCAUCAGACAAUGACUCCUGCAAUGACAGCCUGCCAGACAUCUUUGUUGGAUCUGAUCAAUGCCUGCAUCACUGAGCUCAAACGCUCCAAUCCAAGCAUUGACACAGAUGAAAUAACAGUUGAAAAUGCCUUAUCAAAAUCAUUUGAAACUAUUAUUAGACUCCAGCUGGAGCCAGUGUGGCAUCAGCUUAGUGCUAGGACUCGACAACUCGUUGCUGAUCUUAAAACACUCCGGCUAAUUUUAAGGCACCUGACUCAAUAUGAUGCUGUUACUUUCUUCAGUUUAGUUCAGUCUAUAAGGACUAGUGAAAAACUUUUUGGCCAAAAUACAGGCUGGCUGUUUCUAGAUGCUGCUGAUAGUUUAUAUAUGCAAGCCAAACUCAGAGUAUAUGGGAAUGUGCAAUGCUCAAAAUCUUCCAGUAAAACUAAAGAGGACAAUAAUGGUCAAGAGAAUUCAGAUGAAGAUGAAGAGACCACCAAUGGCCUUGAACUUUGCCCCAAAUGGCAAGCACUGAGUGAGAUCUUGGAAGAAAUAAAACAAGAGGAAGAUGAUUGUGUUGAGAUAUCUCCCCCUGGUCCCAGUUCAGCGAGUGAUCUUCCAAAACCAGACGCUCGCAUUCUAAUUUGUGCUGAGGAUGACCGCACCUGCAAUCAAAUUAAGGAGUAUUUGUGUGAAGGAGGAGAGGGGCUUAUGAAUAAAUUAUUUCAAAAGUAUCUGGCACUAAGGGCUGGCACCAAGCAGCAGAAACCCAAUGUUGAAAUAGUGAAGAACAAAGAGGAUAAAAAAAGCUCAAAAGUUACCAAGGAAGAUCCUGUCAGUCUGACCUUGACCCAGAUGUUGAAAAACUCCAACGUGGAAGAUGCUGGUAAUGACAAGAAUGGAAUUGAACCAUUAGCCACAUCUAAAGAUAUUUAUUUUAGCAUGGUUUUAUCAGCCAUGACCAUUAUCCAUCCACUACAUGGGUGUUCUGACCCCCAUGGCAUGAGUCGCACCCUGGAAGAGAUCCAGCCCAAAUAUGUCAUUCUUUAUGACCCAGAGAUAAGUGUGGUCAGGCAGCUAGAGGUGUACAAAGCUUCUAGACCCAGUCAACAACUCAGGGUAUACUUUAUGAUGUACAAGGAGUCUGUGGAGGAACAAAGGUACUUGACAAUGUUACGCAAAGAAAAGGAAUCAUUUGAGUAUCUUAUUAGAGAGAAAGCUACAAUGGUAAUAUCAGAAGAACAAGAUGGUAAAAGUGAAGAUACUUUGGUGCGUGACCGAGGACAGAAAGCUUCCAGCUCAAGGUCAGGAGGCAUUGAGCCUCAGCAGACACAGAAGAUCAUUGUUGACAUGAGAGAAUUCAGAAGUGAGCUACCAUCACUGAUACACCGCAGAGGUAUUGAAAUAGAACCAGUCACACUAGAGGUUGGAGAUUACAUCUUGACCCCUGACAUCUGUGUGGAAAGGAAAAGUGUCAGUGAUCUCAUUGGUUCGCUGAACAAUGGGCGCCUGUAUCAGCAGGCUUUAUCAAUGUGCAGAUUUUACAAGAAACCCAUGGUCCUGAUAGAGUUUGAUACCAACAAACCUUUUGCUUUACAGGUGAAAUCAUCUGUCAGCGGGGAUGUGUCACUAAAUGACAUUACAACCAAACUGGCUAUCUUGACCAUGCAGUUUCCUAAACUUCGUCUUUUGUGGUGUCCUUCACCAUAUGCAUCGUCUGAACUUUUUGAAGAGCUCAAAGAAGGAAGACCUCAGCCCAAUGCAGAAGUAGCCAUGACAGUUACUGCAGUAUCUUCAGAAAUGCCAGACUGGACUGACAGAUACAGUCAUGGUCCACAGGACUUUGUUCUCCGAAUGCCUGGCAUCAACUCUAAGAACUAUCAAUCCAUACUGAACAAGUUCAAAAACCUUUAUGAAGUCUCACAGGCCAGUCUGGAACAGCUGACACAAGCUUUAGGAAGUUCUGUUCAUGCUCAGCAACUCUAUGACUUCAUGCAUAAGGAGCAGCGGGUUGCCAUAGAGACAGGGGCUGCUGGGAACAGCAAGAAAAAUUGGAAAGGAAAAGGCAAAGAGUUUAACAGUAAAAAAAAGGGAGUUAAGAGAAAGAAAUAAGGGAACUGAAUUGUCUUCUCUUUGAUGUAUGUAUGUUUUGUUGUACAUGUUUCGGGUGUUCCUUCAGAAUAUAAGAUCAUGACAACCUAGACCAAACCUCCCGCAGGUCGUUGGGCAAGGUUUGAACACAGGGCCUUCAAGAUGACAGCCCAGAGGGAUGACCACACAAUAAUUACCAUAGGAUUUAAGUGGGAUUGUGUGUGAGGGUGUUAGUAAAAUGUAAGUAAACGCACUGUAAAACCAGUAUGUUUGAUCUAUGGCCUCCGUCAGUUUCCCAGCAACUAGAGUUUGUCUCAUGAAAAUAAGAUGAAGUCUGGGCAUAAGCUUUGGAUGGAAUGAUAUCACCCGUUCAUCUCCACGCAGCUGAUUUGUCUAAAGAAACUAUACAGUUUGGGGCCAUUGUCAUCUCAGGCUCUACCAGAGUGUAGCACUGUGUGCUGCAAGCUGCCUAAGGGUCACGCUCCCCUGAUUUUUCUUUGGGGAUGGUUCCCCAAGCCUUUCCCAUGUUUGGGUCUAGCUGCAAUAAAUAAAUUGUUCAUUUAUAUAUCCUAUACUAGGACUUAUGAAAUAAUUCUACAGAACCUAAAUAGUGUACCCAUGAAUAAAUUAUGCAAUUUAUUGUUUAAUGUUAAUAUGUUUAAAAUUGUCACUUUAUAUUUGCCAGUGCAUCAGAAUGUAAUGAAAACUUAUGACACUGGAGAGUUACACUAUUGUGACAUAUAUAAUGUAUUCCUAUAUUGUCAAGAAUUGUACAUAUCAUAUUAUGUUAUUUCGAUAUAAAAAUAUUGAUGUAUUCAGGCUUUGUUAUUAACAACAAAUUU